AUGUCGGAAGGCGCCCGGCCGGCGGCCGCGCGGAAGAUCGUGAAGUCGCUACAGCGGUGCGCGCGGCUCUCUCUGGAGCGUCCGCCCUUCGGCGCUGCUCUCGGCGACUAUCACCAGUUCCCCCGGCCGUCGCCGUCACCUGCCGCUGCAGCGGCAACGGCAGCGACCCCCGGCGGUCGCGGAGAGGUUUUUGAUGAGGGGAUCGUCGUCAGGAUGCCGCUAAAAAGAAAAGCUCCCUAUGGAGAAUGUGAUACAGCUGAGUCAACCGGAUUGAGUAUGGCCAGUUCUGGGUUCAUUCAAGGAGUCGGCAGUCCACGAAUGACCCCAAUUUCUGGAAAUACUGCUAGGAAAUACAAGUCAAAGUCUGAAUACACCAAAGCUGGACCUCAGACACCCACAUUAAAUGCUGGUUCACCUGGCAACCCACCUACUCCUGCUGGUUCUUGUCGCUUUGACAGUUCAUUAGCACUGUUGACAAAAAAGUUUAUCAAUCUGCUCAAGGAGGCUGAAGAUGGAAUUUUAGAUUUGAACAGCACAGCAGAGACGUUAGGUGUUAAAAAGAGGCGCAUGUAUGACAUUACAAAUGUCCUUCAAGGAAUUGGUCUGAUAGAAAAGAAGUUGAAGAACAGAAUCUGCUGGAAGGGUUUGGAUAAAUUGGGACCUAACUUGGAUGAUGAUCUUUCAGUUCUGAAGACAGAUUUUGAAAAUCUUAAUCUACAGGAGCAAGCAUUAGAUGAACAUAUAAGUAAAAUACGGGAAAAGCUGAAGGGCUUAACUGAAGAUGAAAGCAACCAGGGGUGGCUAUUUCUUACUGAAGAUGACAUCAAGGAGUUGCCCUGCUUUCAGAACCAAACACUAUUUGCAAUAAAAGCACCUCAUGGGUCUUCUUUGGAAGUGCCCAAUCCUGAUGUGAUGACUGGCGAUAGCCUUCAAAAGAGAUAUAGAAUAGUAAUACGGAGUACUACGGGUGCAAUUGAUCUUUACUUGGUUAGUAAAACUGAAGAAAAAAUGGAGGGAGAGCUGGAUGAUGCUGCAGCACCAGCAGGGCACACAAAUGUGGCAAAGCAUGGCUCCAUAAAACGCCCCAGAACAAAAAGAGCUUGGCAAAUGAGUAGAGAGGAGGAGGUGGUGCUUAAGGCUCAGGAGACCCAGAAAACUCCAGAUCUAAAUCCCCCAUGUCAUUCUGAAGGAGUGCUGAGGAAAAUUAAUCCUUCAGAUGUUGACAUACAUUGGGUUUGCCCCUACUUGGUGUAUCUUUUCCGCCUGACAAUAUCAAAGCAAAUAGUUGACUUAGCUAUCCAUGGUCCUACUACACUUUUGCAGAGUGGAGCGGACUACUUGCUGUUUACAGACACUGAUGUUACCAUCAGUGAUAUGUGGAGAACAGAACGUAUCCUUUUUUGA